AUGGCCUGGAGAGGACCACUCCCACGACUGCUGCUGCUGCCGCUGCUGUUACCAGGCUCCCAGGCACUAUCCAAGACUCAGGAACUUCAAAGCACAGCAGGGCAGACGCUCUCCCUGAGAUGCCAGUACCCACCCAAAAGCGGGCCCUAUGAGAAGAAGAGCUGGAGUAAGGUGGUGUCAGCUUGUACACACUCAGUCAUCAGCUCCAGUCCCCAGACGCUGGUUCAGGUCUUUCGAUUCUCAAUCUGAGACAACCCUGGUGCAGGCUUCUUCACUGUCACCAUGACUGAUCUGAGGGAGGAAGACUCGGGACACUACUGGUGUAAAAUCUACCAUGCUUCCAGUCGCUCUGUGUCUAAGGGCAUCAGAUUCUAUCUGAUGGUGUCUCCAGCCUCUACCUCCAUGCAGACCACCUGGACUCCCCACAACCUGGUUUCAUCACAGACCCAGAGCCGUGUACCCCCGACUGGAGAAGCCACAGAGCCCCCCAAGGUGCCAUCUACCAUCACUGCCCCUUCACCGCCGUGGAACUCCACGCUCUACCCUGGCCCUGAAGGCCCCAGCGCCCUGGUCCCUGUGCUCUGUGGACUCCUCCUAACCAAAAGCCUGGUGCUGUCAGCCCUGCUCAUCUGGUGGGGCAUGUGGUGGAAAACUCUGAUGGAGCUUAGGAGCCAGGAUAGCAGUAAAGCCACCUGCCACUUUCAACAGGUCACUGAC